GCAGGCUGCCCUAGUGGCUCUCACCUGUCAGAUUCCUACUGCCACACCCAGGGAUCCCGGACUGAGGGCGCUGUGUGGCCGGGGCUGGGGUCCACCCUUGGCCCUGCCCUUUGGGACUUGGGCCGGGAGGCAGGCGGGAGCUGGGCGCCCCCUUGGAGUACCCGUGGGGUGGGUACGGCCUGGCACGCACAGCCAGGGCCCAGGAGGAACCCUGCGCAGGGAGCACCCACACCUGGCUGUCCCACCGGCCCUUCCUGCUUUGCGCUCGCUCGAGCUCCUGUAGACGCGCCUGCCCCAUGCGCCUCCGUCGGCACCCCAGCCCUUCGCCCUCCGGCGGCAUGGAGCCUUUCCUCAGGAAGCGCCUGACGUUUCUGUCCUUCUUCUGGGACAAGAUCUGGCCGGCGGAGGAGCCGAAGGACGACAGCCUGGUGCCGCCGGGCCCAGCCCCGCAGCCCGCAGGCGCCGCGCGCCCGGCUCUUCCGCGCGCUCUACGACUUCACCGCGCGCUGCGCCGCCGAGCUGAGCGUCAGCCGCGGGGACCGGCUCUACGCCCUCAAGGAGGAGGGCGACUACAUCUUCGCAUGCCGGCUCUCGGGCCCGCCCAGCGCUGGGCUGGUGCCCAUCACCUACGUGGCCAAGGCUGCCCCGGAGACGCCUGCAGACCAACCCUGGUUCUUUAGUGGCAUCAGCCGGACCCAGGCCCAGCAGCUGCUCUUGUCCCCUGCCAAUGCGCCAGGGGCCUUCCUUAUCCGGCCCAGCGAGAGCAGCCUCGGGGGCUACUCCCUCUCAGUCCGAGCCCAGGCCAAAGUCUGCCACUACCGCAUUUGCACAGCGCCCAGUGGCAGCCUCUACCUGCAGGAGGGCCAGCUCUUCCCCAGCCUGGAGGCACUGCUCACCUACUACAAAGCCAACUGGAAGCAGAUCCAGAGCCCCCUGCUGCAGCCCUGCAGGUCCCAGAAGCCCCUGGUGCAGGACAAGUGGGAGCGGCCACGCUCGGAAUUUGUCCUUCGGAGAAAGCUGGGCCAAGGCUACUUUGGGGAGGUGUGGGAAGGCCUGUGGCUGGGCUCCGUGCCUGUGGCAGUCAAGGUCGUCAAGUCAGCUGACAUGAAGCUGGCCGACCUCACCAAGGAGAUUGAGGCUCUGAAGAGCCUGCGGCACCAGCGGCUCAUCCGGCUGCACGCGGUGUGCUCCGUGGGGGAGCCUGUGUACAUCGUCACUGAGCUCAUGCGCAAGGGCAGCCUGCAGGCUUACCUGGGCAGCCCCGAGGGCCAGGGACUGAGCCUGCCUGUCCUGCUGAGCUUCGCCUGCCAGGUGGCUGAGGGCAUGAGCUACUUGGAGGAGCAGCGCGUCGUCCACCGGGACCUGGCUGCCAGGAAUGUGCUUGUGGGCGAUGACCUCACCUGCAAGGUGGCUGACUUUGGCCUGGCCCGGCUACUAAAGGAUGACAUCUACUCCCCAAGCAGCAGCUCCAAGAUCCCUGUCAAGUGGACAGCACCUGAGGCGGCCAAUUACCGCAUCUUCUCACAGAAGUCUGACGUCUGGUCCUUUGGCGUCCUGUUGUAUGAAGUCUUCACCUAUGGCCAGUGUCCCUACGAAGGGAUGAGCAACCAUGAGACCCUGCAGCAGCUCAGCCGUGGGUACCGGCUGCCCCGCCCAGCCGCCUGCCCGGUGGAAGUGUAUCUACUCAUGCUGGAGUGCUGGAAGGGCAGCCCCGAGGAGCGGCCUGCCUUUGCUGUGCUGUGGGAGAAGCUGGACACUGUGCACCAGCGCCUCCACCUGGGCCUCAUGUGACUGGAGCUCUGGGCCCAGGGGAGCGCGGACUGCUGCUCUGGGCAGGGCAUCUCCCAAGACAGUGCUUGCCAUUAGCACACUGCGGAGGCCACACAGCCAGGAACCCUGCAUCCUUCGUGCCUCUGGCUGUGGCUUCCUGGGCUGACAUGGCUACACAUGUGUGUCCCCAUGUGUCCACGUGUGUGCCAUGCUUGGCCCAGACACCCACCCGGACAGCAGAGGGGCUGAUGACCUCAGCCCUGCGUUGCCGGCCUUCCUGGCAUCUUCAGAAAGAGGGAAAAAGCACAGAAGUGGAGCUCGUGGAAGCUCUGGGGGAGGAGGCCCUGACAGCCUGCUGGCUGCCCCUCUUCUGAGCCUGCCUCCGCCUGGGCUUCCCUGACUCCCUCCCUGGGCCACGGAGGAGAGGCCCAGUUCCCACAGGUCACCCUGUGCUGUGGCUCCCAAGCAGACGCAGCAGCAUGUUCCGUGCACCCACAGGGGCAGCACUGAACCAGGUGCAUGCCAAACCCAGGUGCGUGCAGGCAGCACUCAACAAGUACACUCCGACUUAGCCGUGGGCACAGACAUGCCACACCCGCCAGCUCCCUCCACCCAGAACUGGAGCUGGAGCAGAUGGGCGUCUGUCCUGGUGCACAAAGGUGCACAUCCCAUCCAGGGCCCACGGUGCCAGAAUGGCCACAGUCUCAGGACCUGGCAGAGGCAGGAGCCUGCCUGGAUUUGGCUGGAGCUGGCAGGCUGGGACUGAAGCAGGCGGCUCCGUCAAGCCAUAGGAAGGGCAGGCUGGGUGGGCAGCAGCUGCAUUCAGCAUUUCCGGGGCAGGACCUGCGUUUCAAAGUUAAUUCUCAAGGUGAGCACCAGUUGGGAGGCAGAGCUUCCCAGAUAGCAGAUUGGAGGCAGGGAACGCAGGAUGCAGUGGCAUGCUGGCAACUAGGCAAUAGGUGGCUCUCUGGUUAAAAAAAAAAAAAAAAAAAAAGCCCCAGAUGGGCCACACUGUGGCUGUGACCCUUUGGGAACAUGCAGUUGGCCUUUGAUUACCCCACAUGGGGGAAGAACUGAGGUGGCACUUUUGUGGCUCCUGGGUUGAGGGCUUGACCCCGCAUGCUGCAGGGCUCAGGGGUGAGGGUCAGAGAGGGGACUGGUCAUGAGGGCACCGACCACCUCUGUGGAUGCACCACUGCAGAGCUCAGAGCUCAGUGGCCUGUCAGGCCGUGGGCGUGUGGCAGGAAGUUGGUCAUGGGGGUGCCCCAGAGCAGCCUGGCCAAGGCCUGGGAAGGAGGUGGGCCAGAGCCUCAGAGGUGGCACAGCCCUGUGCAGGGCGUGAACCGUGGUUCACGUGGUUUGGUCUGAACCUCUGGAGGGUGUUUCCUGUCCCCCGCUCUUCCCUCCCCCUCAGACUCUGCCUGGGUGCCUGAGGCAGGCAGGUCUCUGCUGUAUCCUUCACGAUGAUGUUUUCACCUUCAAGCAAGCCAGCCGUGGAAAGAAACUAAAACUGUGAACCAAAAUAAAUCUUCCUUCCUCUAAGCUUUUAGUGGCAGGUAUUCUGCUCACAGAGCAGAGAGCUUA